UCUCAGUAGGAACUAAGAAUUUCUGAUAACACGUGAACGCGGCAUUAGCAUAGCAAUUGUGAGUCUAGGCAUAAAAAACAACAUAACAAACGUGUUUCGAGCUAAUAAACGGUUAUUUGGGGCUAUUAAACUUUUAUUGCUUAACACAAUUUCCCCCCCAUACGCAAUAUUGCCUGUUUGUAGACAUUUUUMWAUUUUUUAUUCAUUGCUCACUAACGUUAGCUGGCUUCGUUCUGAUCCAUAGUACUGUUAGAGGGCGUCCGCUACGCAUCCCUCCAUGAAGCGCUGCGAUGCCCUCUGAUUUUAUAUCCCUCCUCAGCGCUGAUCUCGACCUUAAUUCCCCCAAAUCCCUUUACUCUAAAGAGUCUGUGUAUGACCUSCUCCCUAAGGAGCUCCAGCUGCAGUCAUCCUCCUCCCAGACAGACACACCCACCAUGAGCCAGAAGAGUGGGGGAGAGGCCGGACCGCCCCCUUCUGCAGCCAUGGCCUCAGCCACCUCAUCCAGCCCUUCUCCAUCCUCUUUGGCCACGGGAGGCCCCAGCUCGGACCCCUCUACCUCAGCCAUGGACCAGUCCCAGCCUCCUCUUCUCCACCACCAUCCCAGUGGGGGUGCCAGAGAGGGGUCAGGAGCCCCAGAAGGAUCAGAGAGGGAAGGGGUGGAGGGAGCUCUGCCUGCCUCUGAAGGUGGAGGCGGCAAUGGGACCAGCUCUGGAACAGGAGGAGGAGACCCAGGAGAGGCAGGGGGGGUGGGAUCCCAGCAGCAGCAGCCCCAGAACACCCCCUCUAAGCGGAGGCCAGUGUUGAGCAUCUCCCCCCCUCCGGAGGACCUGUUUGAUGACAGCAGUAUGUCCUGCCAGGAGGAUCCAGCCCCGGCCGGGCCAGCAGGUCCAGACUCAGAACAUAGCAGCAGCAUCUGGGCUGACGACUCGGCCUCCAACUUCAGCCUGAUCAGCUCCAGCUCCUACAACGACAACACAGAGGUGCCCCGCAAGUCCCGUAAACGCACCCCCCGCCAGCGGCCCGGGGCCAAGCCUGCACCCCCAGAGGACAGCAUGGACGUGUUUGAUGCAGACAGCGCCACGGCCCCACACUUUGUACUGUCUCAGCUGGGCCCAGACAAGGCCAGCCCCAAGCCCAGUUCUCUGGAGGCUGGGUGURUGCUGAAGGGAGGCCUGCUGUCAGGUCAGUGUCCCCAGAAGAGUGAGGGCAAGGAGCUGAAGAUCCUGGUGCAGCCAGAGACCCAGCACCGGGCACGCUACCUGACCGAGGGCAGCCGCGGCUCUGUCAAAGACCGCACCCAACAGGGCUUCCCCACGGUCAAGUUAGAGGGCGUCAGUGAGCCGGUGGUGCUGCAGGUGUUUGUGGCCAGUGACACAGGCAGAGUGAAGCCUCAUGGGUUCUACCAGGCCUGCAGGGUGACAGGACGCAACACCACGGCCUGCAAGGAGGUGGACAUUGAGGGAACCACCGUCAUAGAGGUCCCUCUGGAGCCCAGCAGCACCAUGUCACUUGCGGUUGAUUGUGUGGGGAUCCUGAAGCUGCGUAACGCAGACGUGGAGGCUCGUAUAGGAGUGGCCGGGUCCAAGAAGAAGAGCACCCGGGCCAGGCUGGCAUUCAGGGUCAACAUCCCCCAGCCUGAUGGGUCUGUCCUAGCCCUACAGACCACCUCGUCACCCAUCCUCUGCACCCAGCCAGCAGGGGUGCCAGAGAUCCUGAAGAAGAGUCUCCACAGCUGUUCAGUGAGAGGAGGAGAGGAGCUGUUCAUCAUAGGSAAGAACUUCCUCAAAGGAACCAAGGUCAUCUUCCAGGAGAACCCAGCAGAUGAUGACUCGUGGCAGGCCGAGGCAGAGAUUGACAUGGAGCUGUUCCAUCAGAACCAUGUGGUGGUGAAGGUUCCGCCGUACCACAGCCUGUCUGUCUCCUCUCCUGUCUCUGUGGGCGUCUACAUCACGACCAAUGCCGGGAGGUCACAUGACAACCAGCCCUUCAUGUAUACCCCAGACUCAGCAGAUAAGUCCCUGAACAUGUCUGUGAAGAUAGAGGGUUCUUCUCUGGCCAAGGCCUGCACCUUCCAUGACCAGAUCAAUUAUCUGGCCUCUGACCCUGCCCAGUCUGCUGGCGAACUGGUUAAACGACAGGAGGUCACCCCUAUGGAGGUCUCCAGCAAUACCCCAUCCACAGUACUCUUCAAGCCACCCUCUGACGCCCUUAUCUUAGUCCAGCAGACCCUUGAGCUGAGCUCCAGCACCCCGCCUAGGAAUGAGUCGUUCCCCGGCCCCAUGCCCCUCCAGCCUGGGGACGUGGACCUCCCCCAUGCCCCUGUCUUUCCCUCCCUGGAGCCCUUCAGCACCAUCCAGAAGCAGGACAUCGCCCCCAUCACCUCCUUCCCCGUCUCCAGCGACACUACCACUCUCCCCCCUGUCCCCCCAGAGGUACCCCAGCAGUUCCUCCGGGACCCCCAGGAGAGUCUGCCUCAAGAGGCCUCCAACUCCUGCGGCAGGGUGAUGGUAGUAGGAAUGUCCCAGAUGGCGCCCCCCUCCCAGGCCCCCCAAGUUCCCCAGUUUCCCCAGGACGGGGUGGCCCAGCUGGAGAGGGCAGUAAGGGAGCUCCAGGCGGGGGGCAGCAGCCUGGUACAGCAGGUCCUAGAGGCAGCAGUGGCUCAGCAGCAACUCAACUCAGUGUUGUACAGCCCCACGUCCUCCACUGACUCCCUGCAGCAAAACGUACAGGACACCAUGAACAGCCUGAGACUGGGGGGAGCUGAGGGCUCUCUGGCCACACAACAGCAGCAGCUACAACAGCAGAUCCUUGGCAACAUGCAACAGAUACAGCAACAACAACAGAUACAGCAACAGCAGCAACAACAGAUACAGCAGAUACAGCAGCAUCAAGUCCUCGGCAACAUACAGCUACAACCACAAUUAUUAAUACAGCCACAGGAUCAACAACUGCAACAGCAACAACAGAUACUGGGGAACCUACAACAAUUACAACAUCAACAGUUUCAACAACAGCAGCAGCAGGUCCUAGGAAACAUACAGCUACAGGAUCAACAUCUUCACCAACAACAACAAGUACUGGGCAACCUACAACAACAAAACCAAGCAGUAGGCAACAUGCAACACUUACAGCAACAACAACAGCAGGUGUUGGAGAACUUUCAGCAGCAGCUCCAGGCUGAACUCCUCCAGCCCCAGAUCCACUCCUCGUCUCAUCCCCAGCAGCAGCCUGUGUCUCUCCUCCAGCCCCAGAUCCACUCCUCGUCUCAUCCCCAGCAGCAGCCUGUGUCUCUCCUCCAGCCCCAGAUCCACUCCUCGUCUCAUCCCCAGCAGCAGCCUGUGUCUCUCCUCCAGCCCCAGAUCCACUCCUCGUCUCAUCCCCAGCAGCAGCCUGUGUCUCUCCUCCAGCCCCAGAUCCACUCCUCGUCUCAUCCCCAGCAGCAGCCUGUGUCUCUCCUCCAGCAGGCUGGGGAGCUGCUCACCAUCCAGACCUCCAGCUUCCCCCACCAGCCGCCCUCCCACACCUCCCCCCCCCAGCAGCUCCUCCAGUCCCCCAGGCCUCUGUCGGAAUCCCCCAGCCCGCAGCUCCAGGUCCAGGCCGCCCUGCUCCAGAACACUCUGACUGUGCUGACCAGUGGUAGCCUAGAUCAUGAGCAGCAGGUCACGGGGUCCACGCUGUUCCUCUCUCCCAACACACUCUCUAGCCAGGGUAGUCGGCAGCAGCUAGCAUUCCUGUCCUCCAUGGAGACUUCAGCCAGUGAGCCCCAGACUGUGUCAGUGUUCCAGCCUCAGACCCAGCAGCAGCAGAGCACCCCCAUGGACCAACAGCAGUCCCCCCAGCAGACACAACCACAGCAAACCCAGCAGCAGCGUCCCAUGGCUCAGCAAGGCUCCUUGUUCCAAACUAACACUCUGUCCUCCAGCCAGCACCCUCAGCCCCAGCCCACAGACCUGCUCCUCUGCACCGCCUCCCUCAACCCCCAGGCUCUGCCUCCAACCCUCCUCUUCAGUACCCAGGGCCCCUCCAUGGGCAGCAGCACCCCUCACCCCCAGGACACCCCUGCUCCCCUCCUGUUCUCCCAGCCCACCAUGGUUGGGAUCAGGGUAGGGGUGGCCCAGUCUGACCCAGCAGAGCCCAUGUCCUUCCAGGACCAGAGCUCCACAGUAGGGGGGACCACUGCCUCCAUCAAUCCCCCUCAGCAGGGCCUGUUCCAGGGCCAGCAGCCUAUGCAGGUGAGCUCCAGCUCAGGCAGUGGCCCUGACAGCCAGCAGGUGGAGCUGUACCUGCCACAGGGUUCUCUGUCUGGUCUGCAGAGCAACAUGGCUACGCAGGAACUAGAACACCAGGCUGCAGCAGCUGCGACCAUCUUUGUGAUGCAGAGCGGACUGGGGGUGGUGGAGCUGCAGAGUACCGCCUCCUCCCCCGGUCAGAGACCCCCAGAGCAGCUGUUCCAGACGGGAGUGAGUAGGAAUGUCGGCCAGCCAGGAGGACAACCCAACCUGUUUGUGUUCGGCCUCCAGAACGAUUCCUCCCAGCUGAUGACGUCCGCUGGUCCAACACUGUCAGCCCAGAGCCAACCCCAGAACGCCAACCCUGUGCAGGCAAGCCACAUCCAGUCUUUACUGGACUCAGACAUGGCCCAGACAGCCACACCCAUGCAGACCAACCUACAGACCCCAAUGCAGACAAACACACAUACUGCAAUGCAGACCAAUAUACAGACUGCCAUAGAAACUAGCCUGCCGACCCUUAUGCAGACCAGCUUACAGAACGCCAUACAGACCAACAUGCAGACGUCCAUGAGCACCUCCCAGAAGAUGGAGGACCUGCUGGAGAGUCUACAGAAGCAGUGAUCAUUACUGGGACCACAGACACAUUGCUGGGGGUUCUAGUGACGUCUGCCCACUCUUAGACUGGGACAGGUUGUGUCUUCUGCUUACAGUACAACCCCCCACAGAUGCAGAGAAUGGGAUAGAGGUGUCUGACUAUGCUAUGAGCCCCCUAAGCUAAGAACAUGUCAUGAUGUUUUUAAAGAUUUUUAUCAAAUGUACUCUUGUGCCCUUGGCUCAUAUUUUGAUGUGAUUGUACAUGCAUUCAUACAGACGGACAGGCGCUGUGAUGAUGAGUUGGUUGAGUGACUGCGCCUUUUGCUCAAUCAGAGGAAAAUAACUCCUGUAUCCAUCAGUCUAACUUAUACAGUGGUUCUUCUUUUUCAUGCUGUACUGUGUUAUUGCUGGCCUAAGAGUGGAUGGAGGGAGAAGGAGAGAGGGAUACAGAAAGUUGGACCUAGAGAGAAAGACAGAAGAGAUGGUGAGAUUUUAUUGAGGGAAAGGGGCGGCCAGAGAAAGGUGUCUGCCCUGGUCUUGUUUGUGAUUGCAAGGCUUCAAUCCGGUCAUACAGCAGCCUGUGUGUGUAUCUGGUCACACAGCAGUCUGUGUGUGUGUGUGUAUCUGGUCACACAGCAGUCUGUGUGUGU